CCCACUUAGCCUACGUCACACCUUUGACCGGGAGGGGAAAAUGGCGGCGAGUGUUUUACGGCUCUCCCUGAGACAUAUCGCCAGGAAUUAUGGCUUACCGGGCCGUAACAGCGCAUCGAAAACGUCAUAUCUGAACAGGACGACGCCAACUCGAACUGCGGUUUCGACGUCGUCGGGUGCUAUCCUGCCCAGACCGGAUAAAACACCAUUCGGUCUGAUCCGCAUGACGGUGGUGGUGGUGCCUUUCCUCUACGUGGGAACUCUGAUCAGCAAGAACUUUGCAGCCCUCCUGGAGGAGCACGACAUCUUCGUCCCGGAAGACGACGACGACGACGACUGAGGUCCAAGACCAGCUGGUGCCGGGAGAAUGAGGUGUCGGUGCUUCCCCUCUACACAUCUCCUACCUCUCUCCGGUUUGAUCUUUCAACAAUACAUACUUUCAAUAAUCCCACAUCAUGUGAGGCUAGCAGAAUGAAAAAGCCCUCACUCUUGUUCGCAUGGUUUAAACUCAAUAAAGU